AUGUUAAGCCCGACCGUGCUAAUAGUUGCCCUGUUCGCCUUCCUUGUUCUGCGUUACGUGGUGCAGUCGUAUCACCAUUAUGUGCAGGCCAAAUCUCUGCACUGCGAGGCACCCCCAGCUGGUGCUUCGGCCUUCUUCGGCAUUCCGGCAUUCUAUCGCCUCACAAGAGCUGUCAAGGAGAAGCGCUGGAUCGAUUAUCUCUGUGAUCAAUUCGCCAUCAACGGAAAUACUUUCCAGCAGCAGUUCCUGAAUAGGAGGUUGUUGACUACCAUUGAACCGGAGAACGUCAAAGCUAUUCUGGCCACACAAUUCCAGGAUUUCUGUCUCGGUACCCGACAUGAGCAGUUCUAUCCACUGCUCGGAGAUGGCAUCUUCACCUUGGACGGUGCGGGCUGGUCGCAUGCGCGAGGAUUAUUGCGACCGCAAUUCACCAGAGAUCAAGUCGCGGACCUGAGCAUGCUCGACGCCCACAUCAACCACCUGAUCGCACUGAUCCCCAAAGACCGAACCAGCUUCGACAUUCAGCGUCUCUUCUUCCUUCUAACCCUAGACUCAGCCACGCAUUUCCUCUUCGGUGAAUCCGUAGGCUGCAUGCUUCCCCCAUCCGAAACAACCGGCGUCCUCGAGAAAUCCGCCGUCCGCAGCGCCCAAGGUUUCGCCGACGCUUUCACAACCGCACAGGACUACCUCGCCGCCCGGUCGCGUGCGCAGGGUCUCUACUGGCUCGUGAACCCCAAAAAAUUCCGCGAAGCCAACAGCCAAGUCCACGAAGUCGUCGACCACUACGUCAACGUCGCGCUUGAAUCCAAGCGAAACCCUGAUAAGAAACAAGAUGAUCGGUACAUCUUCCUCCAAGCGCUAGCAGCAGAUACCGAUGACCCGAAAAUGCUCCGCGAUAACAUGCUCAACAUUCUCCUCGCCGGCCGCGACACCACAGCCAGCCUUCUCAGCUCAACGUUCUUCUACCUUUCUCGACACCCAGCUGUAUUUACCCGUCUUCGACGCGAAAUCGUCGAAGCAUUCGGUGACAGCAAAACAUCCAUUGAAAUAACACAAACAAAGCUAAAAGACAUCCAAUACCUCCGCUACGUUCUAAACGAAGUCCUCCGCCUCCAACCACCGGUCCCAGUAAACUUCCGCGUCGCCACCAAAGACACCUCCCUCCCCGUCGGAGGCGGCCCAGACAAUCGCUCCCCGGUAUACGUCCGCAAAGGCCAAAUGGUCGCAUACAACGUCUUCGCAAUGCACCGCCGCACCGAUCUAUGGGGUCCCGAUGCGCGCUCUUUCCGCCCCGAGCGCUGGGAGGAGAAUGCGAAGCAUGGAUGGGAGUAUUUGCCAUUUAAUGGAGGUCCGAGGAUUUGUCUUGGUCGUGAGUUUUCCACCAAAGAAAGAGAAAAGGGAGUUUGA